AUGAAUUUUCAAUUACUAUCUCCCGAUAUAUUUGAGAGACCAUUAAUAGAUCCGGAGUACCCUGGAGAAGGAGAGGCUUUUUAUCAAUUCAAAUCAUAUAAAGAAUUACAAUCUUGGAUAGAAGUUCGUAAUCUUUAUACUUCAUAUCAAAUUCAUCAAACACGAAUAGAUGAUAUUGGAGACUUUAUAUCAAAAAAAAAUUCUAAAGAUAAUAAUGUAAUUAAGUUUGGUUUUGCAAGACAUGGAUAUCAAAAAUUGCAUUGUCAUUUACAUAAGAAGAAAGAUAGAAAUGGAGAGGAUAAGCAAUUGAGCCAAUCAUUUUCACCACCAAUAUCACCUCAAUCCCCCUCAGCUUCAACUACAACUAGUUUUAAAACUCCAACUAAAAUUACGACUAAUAAUGUAACUCCAGUUUCAACAAAUAUUGCAACUUUAUCACCUAAUUCAUCAUCAAUAUCUACAUCACCACCAAUUUCAAAUUCGGCUACGAGUUCAACAAAUACGCCCAUUCCCUCAUGUUCAAUAAUUGACCAACAACCUUCGCAUCAACAACCUUUCCAUCAACAACCUCCAAAUCAACCACCUAUCAUUCAACAUCCACCGCAUCAACCACUUAUCAAUCAACAACCUAUCAAUCAACAACCUUUCAAUCAACAAUUUCCACAUCAACCAUCUAUUAAUCAACCAUCUAUUGAUCAACCAUCUAUUGAUCAACCACCUAUCAAUCAGCCACCUUUCAAUCAACAAUUUCCACAUCAACCAUCUAUUAAUCAACCAUCUAUUGAUCAACCAUCUAUUGAUCAACCAUCUAUUGAUCAACCAUCUAUUGAUCAACCACCUAUCAAUCAACAACCUCCAAAUCAACUACCUAUCAAUCAACCACCUAUCAAUCAACUACCUUUCAAUCAAGCCCCUCCAAUUCAACAAUUUUCACAUCAACCACUACCACAUCAACAAUUUCCACAACAAAUUUCACAACAACCACCUCCUCAUCAACAAUUUCCACAUCAACCACAUCCUAGUCAACCGUUGUUUAAUCAACAACAUGACGUCCAAGCAUCAGCUAUCAAUCCACCUCUAUUUGCACAAACUCCUAGUCAACAAUUUUUUAAUGGUCAGGUUUAUAACGGAGAACAACCUUUUGUACAACCUUAUAACGGAGAACAACCAUUCAAUCAAUCAUCUUUUAAUCAACCGGAUAUAGUUGCACCACUGAAUUUUAGCUCAUUUUCAACUGAUCCACUUACAUUAAAUAAUCAGCAUUUUUAUACCCAUAUUCAAACAAAUCAGUCAUCAGAUGGUCAAUCUUUUAACCAAUUGAAGCAAAACGAAAUUCAUUCAAAUCCUAAAUUACACUCAUCUGAGGAUGAUUUAUUUCCUACUAUGACAUACAAAAAACCUUCAAAAUUCAAAACAAGUCAACCUUCGAAUAAAGAAGCCCGUGGUUGCAAAAGUUCAAUAACAAUUACUUUAAACGAUUAUGUUUAUCAUGUUAUUUGGAGAACUAAGCAUAAUCAUGAUCAUGUAUCAAGAGAUUAUGCAAAUAAAUUACCAAUUAAUCCAUUUGUUAGAAAAUAUAUAUAUAAUUUAUAUUUAAAUGGAAUACAAACUGAAUUCAUAAGUAGAAUGAUUAGAAAAUUGCAAAAACUUUAUAAAAAUGAUAAAUUUAUGUUUAAUGAAUUAUUAAAACUUGAUAAAAAUAAAUUAAAUUAUAUUAGAGUAUCAGUAAUAGAUAAUAGUAAAAAUUUAACAAAGGGAAUAAAUGAUAUAAUUGAAAAAAUUGAAAUAAAAGUUGCAAAUAACGAAAGUGCAAAAGUUCAAAAUAUUGAGGAAAACUUACCUGGAUCUCAAUCUAAUCCAAUCGAAAUCGAUGAUGCAAAUACAAGUAAGAGAAAACUUUCGUAUGAUUCAUUUGUUAAUGAAAUGAAUGGUUCACCAAUCAAUAAAAUUACAAAAACUAAAUCAAUCAAUGAAACUUCUGAUAUCAGUGAUGACUCAGUAAAUUCCACAAAUCAUGACACAGUCGAUACUAUGGAAUAG